UUUUUGACUCUUUAGUUUGAUCUCUCUCACUCUCUCUCUCUCUUCAGUUACAGCAGCAGUUCGAGAAGCUAGUUCACCAUGAGAGCACCAACAGCCGGCUCCGUUGCUCAUAAGAAGCUUGAUUCAUCGUUGGUGAAGAAACUCAAAGCUGAUACAGGCAUGAAGAAGGAGAAGGUCAAAAAGAAGAAGGAUUCUGGAGCUCCAAAGCGUCCUCCGUCUGCCUUCUUCGUCUUCAUGGAUGACUUUAGGAAGACAUACAAGGAGAAUUUUCCAGAAAACAAGUCUGUUGCAAAUGUGACAAAAGCUGGCGGUGCCAAAUGGAAAACAAUGUCUGAACCUGACAAAGCUACAUACAUUGCAACUGCAGCUAAGAAGAAGGUAGAGUAUGACAAACUGAAGGAAGAGUUCAACAGGAAACAGACUAGCAGCAACAUGAAUGUUAUAUCUGAGGAUUAUUCAAGAUCAACUUCUGAGGUCAGCAAUGAGAUUGAGCAGGAAGGCAGCUCUUAGGAAGAGACUGAAAGGCUUGGAAUUAUGGUUCAAAGGAAAUUCCUACUUAUAUACCUGUCUUGCAUAGUAUAGUGCUAGUGGUUUUAACCUUUUGCAUGUUGAGGGGGAAAAACCUUAUUUCUAAGGUUUAGUUUAAUUGUACUUUGCUGUGUAGGUUGUGUUUAGAGUUUACACUAUGGUG